UGGACGGGCUCCGCGUGCUGGCCUGUGGUGCAGGAGGAGGGCCUGGGGCCCCGAAAGCAGCACCAGGAGAAGGGGGGAGGCAGCCCUGCAGUGCAGGAGCGAGGGGAGGCCCGCGCUGGGGUGCAGGAACGGGGGGAGGGGAGCCCACGCAGGCUGCUGCAGCAGUCGGAGUUCGGGGACCGCUCCUGGGAGCGCGGGGAAGGACUCGAAAGUUCUGAGGAGCAGCGGGAGAGGUCCUGGGAGAGCUACGGGAGCCUCCGACGGGAGGCGGUGGUUCUGGGAGUGGUCCCCGAACGCCGAGACAGACUCGAAAUGGUGGGGAAGGCCCGGCCAGUGGGCCCCCUGGGGCCUGAGGGGGAAGGGCGCUUGGGGGUGCAGGAAGCAAAUUGGCUGCCCGGGGUGCAGGAGGGACAAGUGGUGCGGGCUGUCCAGGAAACUUACCUGGACGGAAAGGGGUCUCAGGAGGAAGACGCGUUCCCUGAGGGGCACAGGAUCCGUAGGCGACGGCGGCGGCGGAGGAGGUGGUAAACCAAGGGCCGGCUGCCAACUCCAGGAUCGCUCCAGGGCUGAGCGCAAGAUGUAGGGCUUUUGGGAAUGGGGAGCAGAAGUGCCCUGUAAAUCGCGGAGCGUUGGGAGCCACCGCCAGAGAACCUCGAAGCUGUGCCAGCAGGGAGGCAGCAGAAGGCAUCAGAGGCUGGGGAGCAGCAGCAUGCAACCUGAAGAGGGCACAGGCUGGCUGCUGGAGCUGCUGUCUGAGGUGCAGCUACAGCAGUACUUCCUGCGGCUCCGAGACGACCUCAACGUUACCCGCCUGUCCCACUUUGAGUAUGUCAAGAAUGAAGACCUGGAGAAGAUUGGCAUGGGUCGGCCCGGCCAGCGGAGACUGUGGGAAGCUGUGAAGAGGAGAAAGGCCAUGUGCAAACGCAAAUCCUGGAUGAGCAAGGUGUUCAGUGGAAAGCGUCUAGAAGCUGAGUUCCCCCCUCAUCACUCUCAAAGCACCUUCCGGAAGACCUCACCUACCCCAGGGGGCCCAACAGGAGAGGGGCCCCUGCAGAGCCUCACCUGCCUCAUCGGGGAGAAAGACCUGCAUCUCUUCGAGAAAUUGGGAGAUGGCUCCUUUGGCGUGGUGCGCAGGGGAGAGUGGGAUGCCCCCUCGGGGAAGACGGUGAGUGUAGCUGUGAAGUGCCUAAAGCCAGAUGUAUUGAGCCAGCCAGAAGCCAUGGACGACUUCAUCCGGGAGGUCAACGCCAUGCACUCGCUUGACCACCGAAACCUCAUUCGACUUUAUGGUGUGGUGCUCACUCCUCCCAUGAAGAUGGUGACAGAGCUGGCACCUCUGGGAUCACUGUUGGACCGGCUGCGCAAGCACCAGGGCCAUUUCCUCCUGGGCACUCUGAGCCGCUAUGCCGUGCAGGUGGCUGAGGGCAUGGGCUACCUGGAGUCCAAGCGCUUUAUUCACCGUGAUCUAGCUGCCCGGAAUCUGCUGUUGGCCACCCGCGACCUGGUCAAGAUUGGGGACUUUGGGCUGAUGCGUGCACUACCCCAGAAUGAUGACCACUACGUCAUGCAGGAGCAUCGCAAGGUGCCCUUUGCCUGGUGUGCCCCUGAGAGCCUGAAGACACGUACCUUCUCCCAUGCCAGUGACACCUGGAUGUUUGGAGUAACAUUAUGGGAGAUGUUCACCUAUGGCCAGGAGCCCUGGAUUGGCCUCAAUGGCAGUCAGAUCCUACAUAAGAUUGACAAGGAGGGUGAGCGCCUGCCCCGGCCUGAGGACUGUCCCCAGGAUAUCUACAAUGUCAUGGUCCAGUGCUGGGCUCACAAGCCUGAAGACAGGCCCACCUUCGUGGCCCUGCGGGACUUCCUGCUGGAGGCCCAGCCCACUGACAUGCGGGCCCUUCAAGACUUUGAGGAACCAGACAAGCUGCACAUCCAGAUGAACGAUGUCAUCACUGUCAUUGAGGGGAGGGCUGAGAAUUACUGGUGGCGCGGACAGAACACACGGACACUGUGUGUCGGGCCCUUCCCUCGCAACGUGGUGACUUCCGUGGCUGGCCUCUCAGCUCAGGACAUCAGCCAGCCCUUGCAGAAUAGCUUCAUCCACACGGGGCAUGGCGACAGCGACCCCCGCCACUGCUGGGGCUUCCCCGACAAGAUUGACGAGUUGUAUCUGGGAAACCCCAUGGACCCUCCUGACCUGCUGAGCGUGGAGCUGAGCACUUCCCGACCCACCCUGCAUCUUGGAAGGGUGAAAAGGGAGCCUCCACCUCGCCCGCCUCAGCCUGCCAUCUUCACGCAGAAACCAACGUACGACCCUGUGAGUGAGGAUCAAGACCCCUUGUCCAGUGACUUCAAGAGGCUGGGUCUGCGGAAGCCCAGCCUGCCCCGGGGGCUGUGGCUCGCGAAGCCCUCCGCCCGGGUUCCAGGCACCAAGGCCGGCCGGGGCGCUGUGGGCGAAGUCACCCUCAUCGACUUCGGGGAGGAGCCUGUGGUCCUGGCCCCGCGGCCCUCUGCACCCUCGCUGGCACAGCUGGCCAUGGAUGCCUGCUCCUUGCUGGACAAGACCCCUCCGCAGAGCCCCACGCGGGCACUGCCCCGGCCCCUGCACCCCACGCCCGUGGUGGAUUGGGAUGCACGUCCACUGCCCCCGCCUCCUGCCUAUGACGAUGUGGCCCAGGAUGAGGACGACUUUGAGGUGUGCUCCAUCAACAGCACCCUCGUGGGCGCAGGAGUCUCUGCGGGGCACAGCCAGGGCGAGACCAAUUACGCCUUUGUGCCUGAACAGGCACAGCGCCUCCUCCCGCUGGAGGACAACCUGUUCCUCCCGCCCCAGGGAGGGAGCAAGCCCCCCGACUCGGCGCAGACCGCGGAGAUCUUCCAGGCGCUGCAGCAGGAGUGCAUGCGGCAGCUUCAGGUCCCUGCUGGUUCUCUGGCUCCCUCGCCCAGCCCAGUGGGUGACGACAGACCCCAGGUGCCGCCCCGAGUGCCCAUCCCGCCCCGCCCCACACGCCCACGUGGUGAGCUGUCUCCAGCCCCCUCAGGUGAGGAGGAGACGGCACGAUGGCCCGGGCCUGCCUCCCCUCCCCGGGUGCCGCCCCGGGAGCCCUUGUCCCCUCAAGGCUCGAGGACCCCCAGCCCCUUGGUGCCUCCUGGCAGCUCCCCGCUGCCACAUCGACUCUCAAGCUCGCCUGGGAAGACCAUGCCCACCACCCAGAGCUUUGCAUCAGACCCCAAGUACGCCACCCCCCAGGUGAUCCAGGCGCCUGGCCCACGGGCUGGUCCGUGCAUCCUGCCCAUUGUCCGAGAUGGCAAGAAAGUCAGUAACACCCACUACUAUCUGCUGCCUGAACGUCCACCAUACCUGGAGCGUUACCAGCGCUUCCUGCGUGAGGCCCAGAGCCCUGAAGAGACAAGCUCCCUGCCUGUGCCACUGUUGCUGCCCCCACCCAGCACCCCGGCUCCUGCCGCCCCCACUGCUACUGUUCGACCGAUGCCCCAGGCUGCCCCAGACCCCAAGGCGAACUUCUCCACCAACAACAGCAACCCAGGAAUCCGGCCACCAGCUGUGAGGUCCACUGCUCGGCUGUCACUGAGGGGCUGCCCCGGGGAUGGGCUAGAGGUUGGACGGCCAGCAGAUAAGGUCCAGAUGCUACAGGCCAUGGUGCAUGGGGUGACCACAGAGGAGUGCCAGGCGGCCCUGCAGAGCCACAGCUGGAGCAUACAGAGGGCUGCCCAGUAUCUGAAGGUGGAGCAGCUCUUUGGGUUGGGUCUGAGGCCGCGAGGCGAGUGUCACAAAGUACUGGAGAUGUUUGACUGGAACCUGGAGCAAGCUGGCUGCCACCUUCUGGGCUCCUGUGGCCCCACCUACCAGAAGCGCUGAGAUGCCUGGAUAGGAUCGGCCUGAAGGAAUCAUUUGAGCCUGUCCAUCUGACAAGGGCAGGGAGAUGUCCUGCCCAGGUCUGGAGGACCUGCUGCCAUCUGCUGCUUCCAGUACAGAGCGAGUCAAGGCAGCAGGAGGAGGAGCCCCGCCUUGCCUGUCCCUUCCUCAGCCAGCGCCAUCCCUGCAAAUCUGGUUCAGCCCUUGGUCCCCUCAGCCAAGGAGCAGGAAGGAGCCGUGUGAAGGCAGGCCUGGGGGCUGCCUCGGCAGGCCCUGUGGCUGACCUGCCUCCGGCCCUAGUUCCUGGUGGGGUCUGUGACUGGAGUGUGUUCCCAGGAGCUACAGCAGGGAAGCCGGGCUUGAUGUGGACAGAGAGGGUGUGUUGGCCACAUAAAAAGAUGGGCCGGCACCCAUGGGCUCCCUAGGGCUGGGCUCUUCUCCAUGGAGUCCCCGGUGGGCUGUUGGGGUGUUGGACAGACUGUGACUUGUGGCCACACCACGGACAUGUUAUGGGAUAUGGCUGGUCUCAGGAUGUUGCGCCUGGAAAUAGCCUGAGGUGGCUUAGGAGACAGAGCAAGGGUGUCAGAUCAUUCUCUGGCAGGGACCAGGGCCCAAGGCCCCAGGGUUGAAGGAGACUGAGGGACACCAGUGGCUUCCCUGUGCUGUUCGGUGUUUUCCUACCAGCCUCUGUCGCCAAAGCUGCUACCCCAGCUAUGGAUACCUGCUUCUUCCAGAGAAAUAAAGCUAGUUUUUAUUUUAUGUUA